UCGAACAUCCAAAGGCUGCAACUAACCAGUAAAGUCAAUAAUCAGCCUCAAGUGUCAUUAGUGGUUUUUACUCGGUGAGCGCUACCAUUCAGGAGAAACAUGAAUACUGCCAUCGCAUCUGCCGUCCUUCUUCUCUGUGUUGUCGUCUGCACUUCAGAGGGCCACCGACUGCCCACGCAGCCCCGUUGUCUUUGUGUGAGUGUAAGCAAAAGCCUGACCAGGAAAACACUCAGCCAGAUCGACACCGUGAAGCGGUAUGGGCCUCGCCCCCACUGCAGCCAGACAGAGGUCAUUAUGACACUGAAGAAUGGGAGCCAACUGUGUUUGGAUCCAACUGCAAAAUUCACAGAAACAGUCCUGAAAGUAGUAAAACGCGCAUCAACCCUGAGACAGCCAACUAAAAAACAACACCAGUAACAAGGCCGGUAACAAGACCGGUAACAGCACAGUAACAAGACCGGUAACAGCACCAGUAACAAGA